AUGGCAUAUGCAUGUCUUUUAUUUGCUUCUUGUUUAGAUCCUAGCACUAUUAUUAUAGAUUUCUUGAGAUUUCUUGAAUCAACAAGGUCUACCAUUGAACCAUCUUCAUCUGGUACAGUUGUUCCAACUUUAACUGCAACAAGUGUUUUAUUGUCAUCUGCAUCAAGUGGACCGCCUUCCGCUGGUACAAUUGUUUUAUCGUCAUCUGCAUCAAGUGGACCGCCUUCAGCUGGUACAAUUGUUUUAUCGUCGUCUGCAUCAAGUGGACCGUGUACAUCUUCUACGAUUGUUUCAUGUCCAUCUGCAACAACUGUUCCACCUGCUCAACCUUCUGCUGAACUUACAUAUGAAGCCUACAAAAUUUAUACCCAGCAUCCUGGACCCACCAGCAACAAGUCAUAUUUGCGAAUUAUGGGUCCAAAAAAUAGUGGAUCUGUAUUUCCGGAUGCAGUGAAACACUAUUUAGCUGGAAACUUCAAUUUGCGCAAUAAAAUAUUUACACACUGUAAAAAUGGGCAUGUAAUCUUGUCAUUUACUAAUAACAGUGAGUCAGUUGGUAAAACUCUUAAACAAGUGAAUGAGUUAUUUAACUUAAAUAUUAGUAAACGUCAACUCUAUAAUGAUCUUAACGUUGCCAAAAAAUUUACUAGCAAUUACGCAAGGGAUUAUUCAAAGUUUAAUGAUUUCUGUAAUCAAACUACUACAUACCAUUCAUCGAGCGUACCAAUGAACCAGGAAAUACAACUUAAUCAAAGUACUUCAUCGACAGUUAAUUCAGAGUCUUUUCUUCCAUCACUUCAUGAAAAUAUUGCUAUUUUACCUCUAGUCAACAAUAAGAUUUGGUCUCUUAAAGCCUCAGCAGAAUUGCCAAAAAAGAAAAAGAUCCGAGUUAUUAAGGAUAAUAGCGAAGAUGAUGUAGACUUUCAAAAAGAAUUACAAAUUUCAGGAUUGCAUGGUACAGAAAAAACAUUACUUAUAUACAUCCAUAUAAUAAACUGCAUUCGUGAAAUAGAAAGCAUUGCUGACGUUGUUGAAGUAGAUCAUAGCGAUUUGAUUGAUGAUCAUCACGUUUUAUUAAGAAUGACAAAAGCGGAUAUUAUAAAGGUGUAUGAUAAACCUCAAUCCAACGACUUCUACAAAACAAGAAGUUCCAAGAACAGUCGUUCAUCACUUUUAGCAAUUGCAUUGGUCGGUGAACGACUAAUGACUGGUGAGAUUACACUUGAAUUUUGGAGAGACGAGGAAGUAAAGCUCCAAGAAUCGUCUUUUUUGUUAGACCUUUACAGCGACAUUGAAUGGGAAGGCAUUCGAUGGAUCCUUAAGAAUAUGCACAACAAGUAUAAACAAAAUAAAAACUCAAACUUCAGCAACUUCGUAGCAGAAGCUAGAAGUAUAAUGAGAGCACUAAGAAGUACUCAAGGAAAAUAACUGUGUUUUGUUAAUUUACUUAUAUUUGAAUAAACCUGUUUUGUUUA